UCGUUAGCUAAGCUGCUUGCUUGCCGCCUCAAUGCUGUUUUGGUUCGACAAGAAUAGCCAAAGUGUUAACUACGCUCGAUCGGAGUGGUUGGGUGUUUGCGCUACAACUCGAUAUUCUCACCUUUUAAUAAGGACAACAAGCAAUUACGCUGACGAUUUGUUACGCGAACGGGAAUGUGAAUUUUCUAAAUAAACUGUAUAAGAAUAAAAAAUAAAUAAGGAGUUUUUGUCGAAAGCUAGAGGCCCUCUUCUUAAAUGUGAGUGAGUUCCAAAAUAAACUGAAAUUGAGAAAAGUGAUAUUUUGUAUUGUAAAAAGCGUGAAAAAAGUGUUCUCAUUAGUGUCUUGACUCCAGAGUGACUUCUAUGAAUACGAGAGAAGGCGUGGAUUACGAGAAUCGAACGCACGUAAAAGCUUAAGUUUCAAUAAACAGUCUACAAAUGUUAUCCGCACGAGAACAGUUUUUCUCACCUUCCGCAACGCCAGCAUCAGCGUUGGGACUGGGUAUUGAGGUGGUUGACCAGCCAUCAACUCCCGUGUAUAGCCAAACCACAGUGCCUUUGACCAGUGUGCAUGGUUGGCGGAAUGGCGGCAGCGUAUUUGUCUCAGCGCCCGCUACAAAUGGUGUCAACGAACUGCGUAAGGAUCAACAACAAACACAAACACAGCCAUUGGCGACAAACAAAAGUAACGGCUACACUAAUGGUGGUACGGAGAAAACCUAUGACGAACCUUUCUCGAAUUUGCCUUCGCGUCAACCUGUUGAUAUGGAAUUCAAGGAGCUUUCACUUACGGUGCAAAUGGGGUUCGGAAAAGGUGAAAAGGAGAUUUUACAUAAUGUCUGUGGCAAAUUCCCCGGUAGUCAACUAAUUGCGAUAAUGGGGCCUUCUGGUGCGGGAAAAUCCACGUUACUGGAUGCUUUAUCAGGCUUCAAAACAACAGGUGUAGAUGGUUCUAUACUCCUUAAUGGUCGUCGACGAGAUUUGCCUUCAUUCCGCCGAAUGUCCUGUUACAUAACUCAAGAUGAUCGCCUACAGCCGCUAUUGACAGUAAACGAAAAUAUGCAUAUAGCAGCAGAUUUGAAACUGGGCCCAAAUGUGAGCUACGAGGAGAAGGAAGGACGGAUCGAAGACAUUUUGUUGCUACUGGGUUUGUACGAACAUGACCAGACAAUGACUAUGCGUCUGUCAGGUGGACAAAAGAAGAGGCUUUCUAUUGCAAUGGAAUUGAUCAACAAUCCAACAGUGAUGUUCCUUGAUGAACCCACAACUGGGCUGGACAGCAGCUCCUGCACCAAAGUACUGGAAUUAUGCAAGAAGUUAGCACAACAGGGUAGAACCAUUAUUUGUACCAUUCAUCAACCCACCGCCAAAUUAUUCCAAAUCUUCGAUCAAGUAUACGUACUUUCGGCGGGUAACUGUGUAUACCAAGGAAGUACAGAAAAAUUAGUGCCAUUCUUACAGACCGUCGACUUGCCAUGUCCAGUCUAUCACAAUCCUGCAGAUUACAUUAUUGAACUGGCUUGUGGAGAAUAUGGAAACGAAAAAGUUGAUAUUUUGAAGUCAGCAGCUGAAAAUGGUAGCAGCCUAGCGUGGUUUGACGACCCAAGUUCUAUAUUACGCGCCGAAGCGUUAAUGCGCAAAUAUCCCAUACCCAAGAAGUCAAAAAAACGUUCUUUGGAGGACACGAGCUAUAUUAAUCAGUUAUCGGUAUUGAUGCGUCGGGGCUAUAUAAAGGCAAAACGUGAUACAACUUUAACUCAUUUGCGCAUAGCUGUUAAUGUUUUUGUUGCCAUCAUUCUGGGUUCAUUAUACGCCGGCUCUGGUCGUGAGGGUUCGAGAGUCCUAGACAAUUAUAACUUACUGUUUGCCAUAUUAAUUCAUCAUUCGAUGACAACGAUGAUGUUAACUGUUUUAACAUUCCCAAUAGAGAUGUCAAUAUUACUGAAGGAACACUUCAAUCGCUGGUAUUCACUAAAGGCUUAUUAUACGUCAAUCACAUUGAUCGAUCUGCCCAUUUCGAUUAUUGGUUGCCUACUUUUCACCGUUAUCAUAUAUCUAUGGAGUUAUCAGCCAAUGGAGUGGAUGCGAUUUUGGAUGUUCUUUGCGAUGAGUUUGCUGACUGUAUUUGUUGGUCAAAGUUUUGGGCUGAUGAUUGGCGCUUGGUUUAGUGUUGUGAAUGGCACUUUCUUAGCACCUGUACUGACUAUUCCGAUGAUGAUGUUUGCCGGUUUCGGUGUAACACUUCGAGAUUUACCCAGCUAUUUGAAAUGGGGCAGCCAUAUAUCUUACCUGAGAUACGGUUUGGAAGGUUUUGUUGGUGCCAUUUAUGGUGAGGGACGUGGUGUGUUAGACUGUAAUGAGGCACCAUAUUGCCAUUAUAGAUACCCGAAGAAGUUCCUGGAGGAGAUCACAAUGAGCGGUGAUCAGUUUUGGAACGAUUUCCUGGCCUUGUGUGUUAUUACCAUAGCUUUUAGAAUAGUAGCAUUUGUUGUUCUUAAAGCAAAAAUAAAUUCGGUGAAAUAAUAUGUAAUUCUUCCCAUAUUUAAUACGAUUAUGGUUAUGUAUUCUGAAAUAGUAUAAGUUAGCGAUAGUGUAUUUACGAAAAGCAAACUUUAGAAAACAAUUUCUGAAAACGAUUUCAAGUAUUUUAAAGAAUAUGUUAAUGUAUUAUGUAGAACAUUUUAUUAUGUCUUUUUUUACUUUUUACAUAUUGUAUGUAAAUGUUGGCGUUUAAACUAUAUUAAGUUAAAAGACUUGUAAUAAAAUAGUUACAUAAUGUGAUUCAAAUCAAAUAAGAUUAAAUAAAACGAUGUUAUUUUUUGGAAUAAA